UACCAAACCCAAUCCUAGAGUUGAAAAGAAAAUGAGUGUGGGGGCGCUGCGAAGCCUCUUAAUCCGUAUCCUUAGUCCGCGCGCAGUAGCACUCUCAAGAACACGGUCGACUAGCUGUAAAGCCAGCAGAAGCAUUCCUAUUUCUCCGGCGCCGGCUAGUAGAGGAAUGGUGACUUUGGUGGUUGCCACCACCACCGACCCGGCAUCCAUUGGCCCUGCCUCCGCCCUCUUGGCCAUGCCCGGUUGGCACCCAGGACCGUCUAUCCAGGAUAUGUCAAGUUUUGUGAAUAAAGAAGUGAGGCUGUUGAAACAUGAUAAAAGCAUUGUGAGGGAGGAUGACUUAGAUAAGCGUUGGGAGGAGGCAACAGGGGAGGAAGUUGAUGAGGUUAUAUUUCUUAGCAAGCAUACUGCAGCCUCAAACUGCCCUGCACUCACGGUCCAUCCCAUUGGUGUGCCUCACUUGAGGGAAGGGGAGAAACCACUGGCAGGUGGGAAGCCUGGAUGGGCUGCACCACCUAAUCCACGAAUAGGGCCAUGGUUGAGGCUGUUAAAGACUAUUGCCGCUUCACAUAAUCUUACACCUGAAUUUGAGGUCACGUUGGAAGUUACACAUCAUGGUCCUGUAACCAGUUCCCCGACUAUGUUUGUAGAGAUAGGCAGUACAGAAGAAUAUUGGAAGAGGCAGGAUGCUGCACAAGCCAUUGCUUUACUAGUUUGGCAAGGGCUGGGCCUUGGAGGUGGAGCUGCAGUGGGCAAUUGGAGCAGGAAUAACAGCCAAAAUAAAGUCCUUUUAGGAAUUGGUGGUGGACAUUAUGCACCUCGGCAUAUGGAUAUAAUUCUGAAAAAUGAUGUUUGGGUAGGGCAUCUGCUCUCAGGAUAUUCAUUGCCAAUGGAUGAUCCAGGUCAAUCUAAGGCACAGAACUCGGAGAGCGUGGGCGGGACCUGGAGACAAGCAAUUAGAGUUGCAUUCGAGGCUACAAAAGCGGCCUUUCCAUGUGGAGAAGUGUUGGCACACCUUGACCACAAGAGUUUCAAAAGUUGGCAGAGAAAUGCCAUUUUGGGGUUCUUAACAGAGCAAAACAUACAGGUUGGAAAGCCAGGCGACUUCUGCUGAUCAACAUUCCUGCUAUGGAGUAGAGUUUAUACUUAGUCUGCUUAGUUGUUUCAUGUAGCUGGGGAAUCUAAAUCAAAGAGCCUCUCUAAAAAUCACAUUGUAUUUCACUAUAGAUUCUAGAGUCACACAUUUAAUGGAGAACAUGUUUGAAAUAU